AUCAUCAUGUCCAUCAUACUUUCUCUUCUCAUCUUGAUUUUAUGUCUUUCCUUCCAUCCAUGUAAUGCUCGCCCUUUUGGGGUCAUCCAUGAGGGUUCUAGCACAGUGCAGCUCCACUUCUCUGGCGAGGUUGUGGAGAAGGUUAAAUUACUUGAUCACUUCAAUUCAUCAGUUGGAAGAGGAACAAGUAUUGGACAUAGCAUUGUUGAUGAUAAUAAGAUAAGUCAUGGAGGUGCAACAACUCGAGAACCAAAGGACUCAAUAAAGAAAAUUUCAGGAACUGAGAUUUUUGAGUCCUCUAGUAACGUGAAUUUGCUUAAUAAGGCAACAACUGCCACACAGGGAUGGAGAAGGCGAGCAUUACUAGUAGAAUCUGGUACAGACCAGGUUAAAAAAGCAGUAGAAUAUUUCAGUAAUGACAAAGUUGAAGAAGAAGAAGUGGCUAUGACAGAUGAUUAUAACCCACCGCAUCAGACACCACCCAUUCACAAUAGACAAACCUAA